AUCUUUGUACAUAGCAUGGACCAUUUGUCUAUUUCCAGCCAAGUUGGAGCGCACUGCGCCCACGUAGCCGGCGAGCGACACGUGACCAGUCCGUCCCGCAACACGCGUCCGCUCACCGCCUCCCUUCCCUCCCCCUCCCAAAACUUUAAGCCCGAGAACGUAGAAGGAAACAAGCUCAAAACCGGGUUAAAGAAGCAAAAGAAAAUGCCUCCUUUCGCCUCCUAUUCGCGCUUCCGCGCUCUCAUCUCCACCGCUUCUCGACGCCUCCACGCCUCCCCCGCGAGGCCUCAGCGGCGGACACCUCGCCUGGACGAGGUGGGGCCCAUGGCAUGCCGCCUCGGGUCCCGCUCCGUGGUCCGCUUCCACGGUCCCGACACCGCCAAGUUCCUCCAGGGCCUCCUCUCCAACGACGUCCGCCCUCUCGCCCGGCCCUCCUCCUCGCCUUCCUCUCCGUCGUCUUAUUUACCGACGCCCAACGCCGCCCACCAGUUCUACCCCGCCGUCUAUUCGGCGCUGCUCACCCCCCAGGGGAGGUUUCUCUACGACCUCUUCCUCUACCGGCCGCCGCCGGUCGACGGGAAGCUCGACCCGACGGGAUCCGGGCCGGGAUCGGGAGACGAAGAGGAGCCUCUCACCUUGCUGGCUGAUGUUGAUGCAGCAGUCUUGGAUGAGCUCCUGGAUUGCUUGAGGAGAUAUCGAUUGAGAUCCAAGGUUGAGAUAGAGAAUGCAACCAAGGAAUUCUCUUGCUGGCAACGGUUUGGCGUUAACCUCUCUAACACUGCAUCAUCAGUUCAAGAACCUGAGGCCUCAUCAGUUGGAUGGGGAAAGGGUGUUGAUCAUGCGGGUCAAGCAGCUGCACAAGGAAGUAACCUCGGUUGGCAAUGGUUCAAGGAUCCCCGAUUGGCUUGUCUAGGAUUUAGAGGAAUCUUCGCAUCUAACAUAACCCCACCGCUGGUUGAGUCUGACAAGGAAACUGACGAACAAAAUUAUCUUCUAUGGAGAUUAGAGAGAGGAGUUGCAGAAGGUUCAACUGAGAUUCCAAAAGGCGAGGCUAUUCCUCUUGAAUACAAUCUUGCGCGGUUGAAUGCUAUCUCAUUUGACAAGGGGUGCUAUGUGGGCCAGGAGCUUGUUGCUCGAACACACCAUCGUGGUGUCAUUCGCAAGCGCUUGCUUCCACUGAAGUUUGUAAAUAAUAAAGGAGAAGAACUUGAACAGGCUGUAUCACCAGGUUCAGAAGUAGUCGAUAACACUUCUGGUAAGAAGGUUGGGACUGUAACAACAGCUCUCGGAUGUCGUGGAAUGGGCUUGCUGAAAUUAGAAGAGGCCUUGAAGCAAUCCCCAGCAUUGAGCAUUAAAGACAAGGAUGAUGUGAGGAUUAAGGUUAUCAGACCAGAUUGGUGGCCAGCUGAAUGGGCUCCAGAGCAUGAACAACAAAAUGCAGCUCCUUAGUAGGCGAAUUCUGAGACCAGGGAUUCGAUCAUUUAUCAUCUAACUCUAAGGGAAGGUAAGAUCCAAAACUCCACUGGUGAAAUUUCUUGGAAGUUAAACAAAAAUAAGCACAGCUUCAGUACCUAACAUAUAAAACGGGAUGAGCUGGGCUUACUCUGCCAGCUUCUCGGAACAAUAAGUACAAUUUAUUGUAUUUCAUAGUCUAUAAUGAAAUUAGAGGUGCAGAAUGGCUUCAUGUUACUUGCAAUCACGUACCUUGAGGCAAUCAGUGGAUUGAUUACUAGAUUCCUUCAAAAGUGGUUUUGGUGAUUGUAGCCAAUUGCAAUAGCUGUAGUGAAUUUGGUGUUUGAAAUUCAAAUUUAGGUGAAUCUUUUAUAAUAACAUGUUGUCUUUAUUUAUAUAA